GGGCGGGGAGCGGGGCCGGCACUGGUUGCUACGUGAGCCCUUUGUCGAUGAAGCGCCCUUCCCCGGCCGCCAGCACCCUCCGGAGCCGGAGGGGCAGCGCAGGCGCCGCCGAGGGGCCGCGGCCCCGCAUCCCUCCACCUGCGGCGGGCGCCCGGGCAGCGCCGCCGGCACCAUGAGGGCCCCCCCGCUGCUCCUGCGCCGCAGCCGCCUCCCCUCGCAGCCCCUGCUGUGAGAGCGCCGCGGCGCGGCACAGCCCCCGCACCGGCGGCGGGGCCAUGGGCGGCGCUGCCCGCUGAGCCGCGGAGCCGGCGCGGCGCGGCCGUGCGAGGCGCGCAGAUGGCGCGGCGGGCGGCGGGCGGCGGGCGGAGCGGGGCGCGCCCCGCGGGGUCUGGCGGGCUGCCCGGCACCGCGCCGCCGCGGGCGGCCGCCGGCGCUCCCGCGGGCCGAUGCCGGCGGCGCUGCGGGCCGCGGGCCGGCGGAGCGGCCGUCGCCGAGGCCGUGGUGCUGAUGGGGGUGAUCGCAGCGCUGCUCCAGAGCGCCCGGGCGGAGCAGGGUAUCAAGCAACAGCAUAUCAACGUUGCUCCUUCAACAGAAUCUUUUCCUAAUUGGAGAUCUAUGCUAUCACCCACACGGCCUUUUACAGAAACUAAGACUUCCUCAGUAGUUGACAUUUCUAUGGGACAGACUUUAGAGAAUGCAAACUUGCUUCAGAUGAUAAGAACAACAUUGACUGGCACACGUGCCAGAACUGUGGAUCAAACUAAUCUUUCACCCACUCUUUAUCAAGGCAGUGGAAAUAGUGCUUCCCAGGAACCUGCUGAAGUUUCAGCUGAUUCACCUCUGAGGUCAUCAUCUCAAGAUGCAGAUGAACCAGCUGCUGUAUCAGGUUUGCCUCAACUCGGUAUGUUUGCCACAUUGUUCACUACACCAUCAAUGACACAUUCAAGUACAGCUGUGCCAUUUCAGCUAAUGCCAUUAGAAACACCUUCCAUUUCAAAAGAGAGCACGUCAGGAUCAGACAUUCUUGCAGCUGUUCCAUCACCAUCAUUCUCUUCAUUGAUAAUCCAGUCACCUCAUACCAUUAACUUUCGUAAAUCAGCUCUACUGCCCAUCAAAAUGCCUUUGUCCACAGAUCCUGAAAGUUCCUUCAACACAGAUUCAACCAACUCUCAGGUUAGUGGAAGCAGAAAUAGUCCUCUGAGCCUGGUCACUGUAGUAAAUUCCAGCAUGGUGAAUCGCACGUUAUCUAGAAAGGGUCCUAGGCUUUUUACGGGUACCAUGUCUUUUAAUCUCUUUGGAUCAACAACAAUGCAUUUCACAAAAAUAAUGGGAAAGGAGUCUUCUUCAGAAAGGACCUCUUUGUUAUCUGUAUACUCGGAUACUCCUGUGUCAAUAAUAAUGUAUCAGUCUUCUGCGCCAGUAACUUCCAGAAGUGCAUCAUGGUUUCCUAAUGAAAGUGUGUAUAAUGUAUCCUCUACUGGAGGAAAGCCCAACAAUCGGCCAUUUAAGGCAAUGUUGACUGACAGAACAAAUGGUACCACUCCUUCUCUGUCAUCACCAGUUUUUCAGAAUAAUGCAGAGAUUCCUGCAUCAUUCUUCCAUCCUGUGAGUGCUGCACAUAAAAUAUCCAAAAUGAGUUAUCCUCAGCCUUCCACAGCACUGACUAAUUGCACUACAAGCUCUACCAGAGCAGCAUUCAUGUCAUCAGCUUCUGAGAGCCCUGUUAAGGUCUCCAGCUCAACAGAGAACACGUCUGGCGUUUUGUUGCCAAUAUCAUUUAUUCCAGAUGCAGAUAACACUGGCAGCACGGUACUGCGAAUACUAGCACUUACAAGUGAAACAGAUUUUCUUCUUAGAAAUACAACACACUCCCAUUCAACAAGCACUGUAUCUGCCUUGCAAACUGAGACGAAUCAAACUUUUACUAUGGCAACACACAUGAGCAAUACAAGUGCAGCAGCAGCCUAUGAGGACCCUUUGGUAACUAUUUCCUUGCAUCACUCAGUGUUGACUAUGAAUCAGACUUUUGCAAAAGACCUGACUGAUAGAACUUAUGAAGCAAAGGGCAUGCUAUUGCCAGCUGCUUCUGGACGUAUUCCAAUUUCUGAUGGCUCUCCUGUGACAAGAACAGCUCGAAGGUCUUUCAUGAGAGGGGUGACAGCAAAAAUAUCCACCAUUAAUGCUAACAGUGUUCUGCCUUACGAAUCUCUUUCUAAAGUUUCUCUCAAUAUCCAAGCCAGUAAACUCGCAAAAGGAUCAAGGAUAACAAGCAGUGUUUCGGAAGCAGAAAUGACUAGCCCUGAUCUAGCUGCAGUGUCGUUAAUUACUUCCCUUGAAAGACUUUCAAAGCCUGAACUUGCUAUCACAAAUACCUCUGCUAUUAAUAUCUCUAUGACUGUGCAUCUUCCACCUGCUAAUGCAGGAAGUCCAGAGGUAACUGAAAAUGAAGAAAGCAAUAUGAGAGUACCCGCAGCUGUAACUCCACACACAGAACAUUCACCUCUGUCAGCUUUAAAUCAGUCUAAUUUUACCUCUGGUCAUACUUCACAUUCAAUUGAUACAAAGCACUUCACCUCUGUUGUGCCUUCAGAAUGGCGUACAUUGCCACCAUCUGUUUCCAUGACAAAAAUGAUAGAUAGCCACCGCUCAGGUUUUUCUCAUAUUUCAAGUGCUGUCUUUGAAAGCAAUGUAGAACCUAGAAACUCUUCUGAAGUUGCAGCUUCAGUGUCUAAAUGGACCAGUACAGCAUUAGUCUCUUCAACUAAUGUUAAUAUUCCUUCAGUAAAAACUUCAGUCAAAAUGCUAAUAAGGGAAGUUCCUCGAAGUACUUCCCCAUUAGAAACUGAGUACCAUACAUCGUAUUCAAAAGUUUCAGGUCUGCAAAAUAAAACAAAUAGAAAUAAGCAACUUUUUCUCUCUGCUGCUUCAACAAACUAUACAUCUGCAACAUCUAGUCAAAAUAUUUCAAAUUUAGCUUCCAGUGGAACAAAGUCUAAUAGUUUCCCAGAAUUUGGUAUACAUGCACUUGGACUGAAAACAUCUCCUGUUCAGUAUUCAUCCCUUGCUACUACUAUGAUGAUACCUGAUGCCCUGCAAAAAAAUCAUGGAAGCAUAACUGAAAACUUUACUGGUUUCUUCACUGUUGGGAACAUUAAUGUCACUACAGAGUAUAAAACACCACUCCAGCUACAUGUGCCUUCUCUUAAUGAUACAGGUGUUUUUCCUAGUACUCUGGAAUCACAAACAAAUGCUGGAAAAGUCACUUUACUGACAAAAACCUUAAAUGCAACACCAGCCCAGGCUUUUGAGUUCACUGACAACCUGACUCUCUCAGCCAACUAUGGAGUCAGUUCAGAUGAGAGCUUACUGCGAACAAAGUCUCCUUUUCCAGUAACUAGGCUUUCUUCUAGCUCAACUCACAUGCAUAGUUUUAUUACAGAAGAAGACAUCAGUUCUGGAAAUAUGCCAGAAUUUGCAGAUAACGGUUUAGAGUCAUCUGGUUAUUUGAUUACAGUUGAUAAAAAUCCAGCUACGUUUAGUAUGGAAGAGUGGCACACAAAUGUUACAAGACAUAGUCUAGUUCCCAUUAACAUGUCUAACAAAGCUACCCAAGGCAUCCCAUUGCAAACACCUGUCACCAGUGCUCUGCAGUCAGUCAUCAUAACUUCUGUCCAUGCAUCACCAACACAUCUAACUUCUACUUCUUUGUCAACAACCAACUUUACCCAUUCUGUCAUUACAGUGUUAUCUGGAGUGUCUUCUGGUGCAAUACCUACAGUAGGAACUUCAGAAGCAAAACAAAUAACAAGAAAAUCAUCUCCAACUUCACCAGUGCCAACUUCUUCUUUCUUUUCUCUAGGCACUGAAAACACACCUUUGCCAUCUGUGAUGGCUUUAAGCACACCAAUACUGACGCUAACAAAAAAUAACACUACCGCAAAAUUGACAUCAAUUCUAAGCUCAGUAGGAACACAUACAGAUUUUCCUUUUGCAACAAGAAACACAACUGCAUCACCCAUGGAGAUGACAGCUAUACUUAUACCCCCUAAAAGUAGCACAAUUGCAGCUUCCACGCUUGCAUCCACAGUACAUGCACCAAGGCAGAUAAAAACAACAGUAACUGACACCCAGAAAUUCCCAAGCUCAGAAAUCACCAAAACGUCAACCCCCUAUCCACUGACAAUUACAGCAGCUUUGACAUCUAUUACAGCAUCAGCGAAAACAACUAGGCUUCCCCCUACUCCGGUGGAAAGCACUUCUGCUCUUCCUGAAACAGCAGCAGCAUCUUUGGCGAGUGUGACAGCAGCUCUUCCUCUGGAAUGCCACCUCUCUGGGAACCAGAUGCUUAAAACAGUUCUGCUUCUGAACACAAGAAGGUUACUGAUCAGCAAUUCCUUCAAGGAGAGUGUGACAAAAGGACUGAACCAAGUGUUGAGACAAGCUUUCAACCAAAACGUCAGUGCUCAGGUUGAAAUCCUGGAACAAUCGAAUAAUGUAACAGUUGGUUACUAUGUUACACGGGAGAGGCUGGUUUUCAUGCCAGCUGCAGUAAUUGAAAGGCUUAUUGCUUAUGGUAUUAGUAAUGCUACAGCAGACAUAAAGCAGCAUGUACCAAAUCUUCAGUCUGUUGCUGUCCUGGCCUUGCCAUGGAAUCCCCUACCUGCAUACCACUUCCAGCUGAAAACAGAGCUGCAGUUUGUGGGUCAAACAGACAACAUACAGUCAUGCAAAUUUGUUCAGACUAUGGAGCAACGAUUACAGAGAGCAUUUCAGGAUGCUGAAAGAAAGGUCUUAAAUACCAGCAACAACUUAACAGUUCAGAUUUUGAAUACCUCCAAUGUCUCCCAAGCUGUCACUCUGUUUUAUGUAGUCAGCAAUCAAAGUACAACUCUAAAUGGCACCAUUUCCAGCAACCUUCUUAAUCAGCUGUCAGCUGAACUGGUGGGAUUCUAUCUAACCUACCCACCUCUCACCAUUGCAGAAUCUCUGGAGUAUCCAAACCUUGAUGUCUCAGAGUCAACUAGAGACUACUGGGUGAUCACAGUUAUACAAGGGGUAGAUAUUACAUUACUGGGACUGAACAAUCAGAGCUUUGCAAGAUUAAUGGAGCAGCGUUUGGCCCCACUAUUUAUGAUGUCCCAUCAACAAGGAAGACGAUUUAAACGUGCCACUACUGUGGGCAGCUACACUGUGCAGAUGGUAAAAAUCCAGCGUAUUCCAGGACCCAAAGAGCCGGCUGAACUGACAUACUAUACUUUAUACAAUGGGAAACCCUUGCUUGGUACUGCAGCUGCCAAAAUUUUGAGUACUGUUGACUCACAGCGGAUGGCCUUGACACUAGGUUAUGUUAUUCAAGUUCAAGCUGAUCCUGUUGUGAAAAACCCACCGAACAACCUGUGGAUCAUUGCUGCAGUGCUCGCUCCCAUUGCUGUCGUUACAGUUAUCAUCAUUAUCAUUACGGCAGUUCUGUGCAGAAAAAACAAGAAUGACUUCAAACCAGAUACCAUGAUGAACCUGCCUCAGAGAGCUAAACCAGUACAAGGCUUUGACUAUGCCAAGCAACAUUUAGGUCAGCAAGGAGCUGAAGAUGAGGUUUUGCCUGUAACUCAAGAAACUGUCGUACUUCCACUUCCAGUUAGAGAUGUUCCUGCCUCCCAGGAGAGAGAAAUCACUCAGGAUGGCAGCACCAUUAAAACUGCCAAAUCCAAUGAAACAAGGAAAAGCAGGUCGCCUAGCCAGAAUGGCUCCGUCAUCACCACCGAAUCCGGAAAGCCCAGCUCAGGCCGAAGCUCCCCGCAGAAAGUAAUGGCACAGCAAAAAGUGACAAAAGAUGAAGGAAGAAAAAGAAAUGUUCGAUGUGCUUUAGUGCCUGUAAGUGAUGAAGAGGAAGGAGGUAUUCUCUUUGAUAACAUUGCCAAACCUGCUAUUGAUCCCUUCGACACCUCUUCUGGAUCUGUACAGCUGAUAGCUAUCAAACCUGUGGCACUACCGGCUGUUCAUGCUGCAUCAGACAGAAGCCAGGAAUCUGCCAUCAUUAAUGGAGAGGUGAAUAAAGCUUUGAAGCAGAAGUCUGAUAUAGAACAUUACCGCAACAAGCUGCGCUUGAAAGCCAAGAGGAAGGGAUACUAUGAUUUCCCCCAGGCUGAUAACAACAAGGGGCUGACAGAGAGAAAAAGGAUGUAUGAAAAAAACCAAAAAGAAAUUGACCACAUUUUGGAUCCAGAUACAGAUAUCUCAUCUCCAUUUGCUGAGCCUAAAAACAGGCAACAGAUGAAGAGCUCUGUAUACAGAAGCAGGCAGUCUUUGAACAGCCCUAGCCCAGGAGAAACCGAGAUGGAUCUUCUAGUCACUCGAGAAAGACCUAGACGUGGAAUCCGUAACAGUGGAUAUGAUACUGAGCCUGAAAUUAUAGAAGAAACAAAUGUUGACCGUGUCAAUGAGCCUCGGGGUUAUACCAGGUCCCGUCAGGCUAAAGGGCACUCAGAGACUUCCACUUUAAGUUCUCAGCCCUCAAUAGAUGAAGUUCGACAACAGAUGCACAUGCUCUUGGAAGAGGCUUUCAGUCUGGCCUCUGCUGGCCACGGAGGGCAGAGCAGACAAGAUGCUUACAGUUCUGCGCCACACUUACCAUACUCUGAGGUUGUGACAAGUGCUCCUGGUACCAUGACCCGACCUAGAGGAGGUGUACAGUGGGUACCAACAUACAGACCGGAAAUGUAUCAGUACAGUUUACCAAGACCAGCCUACAGAUUUUCUCAGCUUCCUGAGAUGGUAAUGGGUUCUCCUCCACCCCCUGUCCCUCCCAGAACAGGUCCUGUGGCUGUUGCCUCUCUCAGGAGGUCUACAUCGGAUAUUGGCAGCAAAGUGAGAAUACCUGAGUCCAGUGGGGUAGAUCAGGCCCAGCAUCACGAUCAGGCAUCUUUUGCCCCUGGUUCAAGAGCUCCAGUGUCUGUUGGUCCGCUUGAUCAGUCAGCUUUUCACUCAGGAAAUACAGUACCAGCAGUGUUUGCCAUCCCAGCAGCAAACCGACCUGGCUUCACGGGCUAUUUUAUCCCAACGCCACCUACAGCAUACAGGAACCAAGCCUGGAUGCCCUAUGCUGGAGAGAAUGAAUUACCAGGGCAGUGGGCAGACUCAGUUCCACUUCCUGGAUACAUAGAGGCUUAUCCAAGGCCCCGCUACCAACAUAAUUCACCUUCACGUCUGCCUCGCCAGUACAGCCAGUCAGCAAGCAUGCACCCUAGCCUGGAACAAGCUCCUUUGCCGUCUACUGCAGCUUCUCAGCAGAGCUUAACAGAAAAUGAUCCUUCUGAUGCUCCUCUCACUAACAUUUCUACAGCUGCUCUAGUGAAGGCAAUAAGAGAGGAAGUUGCUAAACUGGCCAAAAAGCAAACAGAUAUGUUUGAGUUCCAGGUCUAAUAUCUCUCGUGACAGUGUUUGUAUCAUGUAACUUGUAGUAGCCAGGAAAGUGAGUCCUUUAAUUUUCAGUUACAGACUUAUUGUGACUUGUGCCAAAGUGAUGGCAUUUUUCUCCUUGUGAAAAGUCAAUACUAUGAAAUGGAUUAAAGUAGAGCAAUGGGACUCUGAAGAUAGGUGUUCUGCUUGCCAGCUAAGGAAAUGCUGCCAGGUAACUGUUUAAUACUGAUAAAAAUGAUCAUAUGCAAUUGUUUGUCACUAAGCUCUUGUGCUGUGACCUCUCAUCAUUUGAAAUGCUGCUGAAUAUGUCUGCGCCACACAAUGUUUUAUUUGCAGGCCCAAAAAUAGAACUGCUGAAAACAGCUUCUGCAUGUCAAAGCUUUGUUUCUUUGAUUAAAGAAGAAAAUACAGUAGUACCAGGUAAGCUAAAGGCCACAGUAGGUGUGGUAGUGCUCAUAUGAAUUGUUUGCUGCAGGACAUUGUAUAAGGAAUGCUGAUUUCAGCAAUGCAGAUUCAUUCAGCCUUUUCAUUCUAGAGACCAUAUUCAAACCAAAAGAAUUUGGGAUGAGUAAGUAAUACUAAUAAAUGUCCUGUAAAUAUCCCCAAUUCUCCUCAUCCUAUUAACAGUACAAAGAAGUGAAAGAAGAUUGUGAAGAAGGUUAAUAAUAUUUCAAUAAUUGGCGGCUACCUUGUCCAUAAAUGCCACUGAUGAGAUAUGGAGGAGAUACUUUCAGCGUGAGAGAACACAAUGCACGAAGAAGUAACAAAGGAAACUGGUGCUAAAAGCUUCCAGGAGAAAAGAAAAGUGGUUAUUUGCGUUUGUCCUAUAUUCAGGCUUUUCAUUCUGAAUGCAUGCAAAGCUGGUAAACUUGAGACCUUUGAACAAGUCUUUCCAAUGUGGGAUAAUGAAUACACCUGCUCAUACAAGAAAACCUCUGUUUAACACAGUGCUUUUUUUUUCUCUUUUCUAUUAAACAAUGAUAUCUAGUAAAGUGAUGCCAGAAAGUGCUACAUGAAGCUGCAGUUGGUUUUGAUUACACUGGAACAUUGAAUACACACCUCUAGGUUCCUCAGCCUGUGCAGGAAGUUCUGAAUGUAGGGGACAUAAUUAUUAUACUAACAUGUAAAUAAGUGAAUGGUUACAUGGAUUAACAAAACUACUAAUGUUCUGUGAGAAAGAGAGUGUUUCCUGAAACUAUGUUGACUUUACACUAAGCAAGAUAAAGGUCAGAAACUGUUAAACUGCACUGUUGUAUGACUCCAAUCCAAAAAGAAAAUCUAAGCAGUUGAGUGGGACAGUAAUUUAUCUUUUGCAGUUAAAAUAGUCAGAGAUCAUGAAAACUUGUUUUCAGUUCCUUCAGCGAUUAGCUUUGGGAACUGAAGUUGUUAUAAAAUACUUUGUGUUGGGCAUGUUUGAUGUCAACUGGAGUUAAAGGUAAUGUCCUUCAUCUUAGUUAGUUAUUUAAUUAGCAUCAAUUGCUUAUGCUAUUUUGGCUGAUCAUUUCAUUUUCCUGAGUUUGUUUGGUCUUUACUGAAGUGAGGAAGGGAACUUGGUUUAGCUUUUUGGUCAUCAGAAAAAUGAGAGAAGGAGAGAAAAGACUAGAAUUAGGGGAGAGAAGAAGAAAUUGAUGAAGCACAAACUUCUAAAACAGAGCUAUUUUUUCCCCAAAAAAUUAUAUUAUAAACCCUGUUUGACAUUGUGAUGCAUAGUUAUCCUAGCGUAUACAGAUAUCUUCUACUCCAAGACCUUAAAUAUUGCAAAAGCUUUUGGAAUUCUAGUUGGUCUUUAAACAAAUGUGAAAUUUCAUUUUUAUUAUUUAAAAAUCAGAUAUAAAUAAAAUGUAUUUUUGUAAUCUCUAUGUAUAUAUAUAUGUGGUAUAUUUAUAUAUGUGACUAGUCUGCUGUAGUCAGAAAAUUUCCAUAAAGCAAGUGCAAAAAAAGAAAAAAAAUGCUAGUAAUAUUUAUGGAUCAAUAUUAACAUGCCUGGAGUACACAAAUAUACAUUUGGGUGACUUGGAUAAUAAACAACCAAAGAAGCUCAAUCUUUCAUAUGAAUAUAAGUCUACUAAAGACAGAUUGCUGUCUUAGUUACCUGUCAUCUAAUUAAUACUAAUCUAUCAGUGUAACGCGAUACAUCCAAAUGUCUUUUUGUGUUGAAUUAAAAGCUGCCUAAAAAUAUCACAGUUAAGAAGAAUGACUUAAAAAUCCUAAGCCAAACUCUGCUUGCCCUAAAUAGAAAAAUUCUGUUUGGCUUCAGUGGGAACUUCACUCCCUGAAAGGAAGGCUGAGUUUCUCCAUUAGGUUUUGUCUAUAUAUGCAGGUUUCACUAGAAUCAUUUGAACGUUAGUGUGCUUAUUUUUCAAUUGGUGUAUUUAAAUUACCGUAACACAAGUGCAGACAUAAUUUAAGAGCAGCUUAUUUUUAUUUAGCCUAAUCUGCUUCAUAACCAACUUAAGCUAACUUGGUAAGUGAAAUUUAUGUUAAUUUGUGUCAGCCACAUUUUGCAUCUGCUUUGUUACCUCAGUUUUUGAAUCAUUCAUCUAGUUAAUCCAGUGAAAUGUUGCAUGUAGAUAAGCCCUUCUAUGCAAUGGGAAUAAAAUGUCCUGUGAAAUAAAUUUCUGAAUCUUAGACUCCGGUUUUGCAGAAUUAUCCUAAAGCUGCAAGUGUGGAAGCAGCAGACAUGGAUGGAAGUGCUGAAGCAAUAUAGCUGGGAAGGGUAAUGUUAUGGUGCAUUCCCUAAAGAGUGACAGGAGGUAUGGCAUACCAGACUUAAAUAGCAUCUUUGGGAAACUUAGCUCUGCUUGUAAAUCUUUAUUCUUAAAUUUAAGCGAAUUAAUAGUUCUAUUGAGAAACAUGUGGGGGCAAAGCCAAGCAUAUAUCUUGCCAUACUGCAAAUUAAAAAAUUUGGAAAUUAGAUAUAUGUACAGAGGUUGAAUACCUACAUGCAAACAAAAUGAACAAAGAAAAAACCAACAAAAUAAAAACAUUUAAAUAGCCUUUCAGAAAGACAAAGCAUUUCAGUACAGUUAAACAAAGUACUCUGCAUACAACUGAGUAAGACCUGUUAGGCUUUCAAAAUUAAUUUUGUUUGGUAUUGUAUUAAUUAUGUGCAGUCUGUUGAAUAUUCCUUGACACCUCACUCUGAAACCAUUGUGGUACACUUUAUUCACAAAGAUAUUUUACAUUCUUCAUUCAUAAUGGCUUUUUAUCUUGUUUGUAAAAUGUUUCUGUAAUUUCUUUUGGAGUACAAAGCAAGUUUAUAUCAAGAUGGUAAGGACAUUUCUGGGAAAGAAAUCAUGCUGUAAUAUUUAUACUGUCUGAGCACAAAGCAAUGAUCAAGUGAUAAUAUAGUGUACAAAUAAUUUGUAAUAUAAUAAAAUUUUGUAUGGCUACAAUUACAAUAUAGUUUUUCAAUAUUGAUUUCAGAGAAGAAAAUAUACCUGGUUAAAGUUAUGACCUCAGCAGAAUAUAUUUAUGCCAUUUUUACUGAUAAUGACUUAGUCAUAAAGGGAUUUCUAAUAAAUGCCCCAAUUUUCUUUUAAAUGUCGUGAAAUGUUAGUGUGAAAAUUCUAUUUUCUGUGUGCAAAAAAUGUUGAUGUUCUGAUCAAUGUUUGUCUUCAGAUUUAUAAAUCAUUAGUAGAAACAUCUGCAAAUGAAACUCACAUGGAAUUACUUCUCAGUAUAUGUGUAAUGACCGCUCUCAGUAGGUACACUGUGUGAGGUUUUAUUGACAUUAGCAGAACAGUAACUUGGCUAAGAGGGCACUCUCAGACAGUCCUUUUUUUGAGAAAACAUAUUAUCUGGAUACGUGAGAAGCCUUAACACUCAGUAUAGAAAUAUGAAUAAUAUUUUUAUCUAAUAAUAUUAUGGAUAGAACUUGAUAGAAGUGCAUGUAAAUCCCAUAUAGAAGUGGAGAAAUUAUCCUAUGUAACGAUCAUUUCUUUUUCAGACUAACUUUGAAAAGGUGAAACGUGGAAGAAAGAAAAUGUGAGAUAAAACCAAAAAGUGCGUAGAAAAAGUAGCAUUGGAUUCAGUGGCAGAACUCAGUUGAGGCCUCUGUCUUGUUUAAGGGAAGAUACGUACAAAAUUAACUUAAUCUGCAGCUUUACCUUAGAUUUUAAGAUGUCUGACUAUAAAAAAUUAGAUUUUAAUGUAUUUUUUAGUGCUGCGAUGUAAAUGUGUAAGAUCUAAAUGCCUGCUUCUAAAAGUCUAAGGAAGCUUGAAAGCAGUAAUAGUAUUUUGAGCUAGCGCAGGGAUUCCUUUCGUGUGACUGACCUUGUACAUCCUGGACACAUUUGAGUGGUUCUGAGUACUGUGUCCAAGGAUACUGCAAAUCACUUACAGUCUUGACCUUUUAUUCCUUGUACAUGGACAAUUCUCAGUGGCUUCACAUAUCUCAUUGACAUGAAAUUGGUUAGGCAGAGAUCAAGCGUGGGAUAGUAUGGAGAAUAUUAACAGGUCAGGAGUGCCUUAACACUCUGGAAGCCAUAGAUCUUUUGUUAUGCAGUCACUCAUACCUACUAGAAAAUUGUUGCGUUAAAGCAAAUUUCCUUGGAAAGAUACAUUCUUCUCAUUGCUGGUGACCACUGUGUGUGAAAUAACACUCAGUGCUAUCACAAGGAAGUGUUUCAAUUACUGCUUCCACUCCUUUUUGUAAGCCAAGUGUAGUCUCUGUGUAGCUCCACUUGAGAGAGUGGCAUAAUUAACCUGUUUCCAGUGCCUCUGCGUGGCUGCUGGUUUCUCAGAGUGCACUUGGUAAGAUGUGUACAGUGUCUCUUUUUAGAAAGAGAUAAUCUCUUUUAAUAAAACACCAAGUUAUAUGUCAUCUUAUAUGUGUUUUUCCAUUAGGGGGGAAACCAUAGGAGAAAAAAAAACAUGCAUCAUGCAGAAUGUUAGUUUAUUAAUACCACUAGCCUUUUUGUAAAAAGCUGUGAAAAAAGCAAGGCAAGGGAGAGCUUGCUCUACCGAGCUCAGGAGGACUGCUCACUUGUCAGUGCAUGUGUUAGGGGAACAGCCUUUUACUAUCAUCUCUGUUGGAUCAAAUCUCUCCUCUCUCUGCUUACCUGUCCUUCAUGAAAGGGUACAAACAUACAUACAAAGAUACAAACUUUUUUGUGUAAGUAAUAAAUAAUUUUGAAAAUAAGUAUAUGGGGUAAAUAACAGGGGAUUUGCCAGGAUCUAAAAAGCCAAGUGACUGUUGUAGAAGAAUAGGGGCAAACCUUCUGUUCUAGCAGUGGGUGGACACCAAGUAAUUUUGGACUUACUACUAAUGGCAGGACUAACAUUUUGAAGUUAAUUGCUUGGAAUCAAUUUUAUGUAUUUUGUUAGCUUUUGAUUUCCUUAUUUGUUAAAACAGUACAAAAAUAGCAACAUUAACAACUUGUUCUAUUUCUGAGUUAUAACCAUGCGAGAUUUGAGUGUAAGUAAACUUGAGGUUUAUUUUUUGUCCUUGCCUUUAUCUACAUUCAACUCUGCAAGCAGGAAAAAAAACCUCUUUACUCACCACAAAAUUAAUUUUUAUAUUGCUUUCUACAAUAGAGAGCCUGGGAGGAUUUUCUUCAUAUUGGUAUAAGGGUCUUCAAACUGUAUUCAAGGUCACAUAUUUGAUAGAAAAAAUGACCAUGAAACCGAAAAAUUUAGAAAAUAAGAUGGAACCCAUUUUAUUGAGGCCCGAAUAUUGAUUUAGGAUUUAGCAACCCAGCCGUAACAGCUCAGACCAAUAAAGUUUUUCUAGGGAGUUCUUUGGGUCCCAUUAGAAAAAAAAAAUGUGUAUAGCACAGAUACUCUUACAUUCUUUGAUUUUUUUUCGUUUAGCAUGUUUCUUGCUGUAGCUAUGCAUUCUGAAUGUUGACUUUUACAGCAGUGUACACCAAAAGCUGCUCUUUUUGACUCACAGAUGCACAGCUUGUGUGAUAGCAGUAGUAACGUAUGUGAUAAAGGUUUUUAAUUAGCUAUGGCACGGCAUGUCUUUGGCCAGUGUUUUGGUUUGCGAUGCUUACUGCUGUCACCCUAGUGUUAAGGCGACAUGAAUGUAGAUAAUGUCUUCCAUUAAAGUUACUGCCAAAACAUCAUCUCACUCCUAGAAGAGGAUUGAGCCAGUAUUGUGUCAGCAAAUGUUCUCACUGUGCAGAGAGAGGAGGGAUGAGGCUUGGUUAUGGGUAGCUGGAAGUUAGGAGAUCGGAGGUCAGUUGUCCCUUCUUCACAAUUUCUGAUUGGCCCUGGGCAGUGUGUUUAAUCCAGCUGUGCCUCAGUGCUAAGGCAGGCACGAAGAAACACCUGUCCUCACACAACUGUUGAGAGGUUUAACCAACUGCUAUUUUUAGAAACUUUAACAUCCUGGAGCAGAAGCCAAUACCUUAGUACAAAGCAUUAUUCAUUAUUUCAUGGAGCCUGGCAAUUGAUCAGGACUCUUCAAGUUAUUGUAUCCUCUGGUAGCAUUAAAAUAUAUGUGAAUUUACAAAACAAAACAAAACCCCUUCCUGAUGUUAUUUCUGUUGUUCUAGGAAGCCCUUCUAGUAACAGAUUCUACACUUUUUACAAAUGGAAAAGGCUUUCCAGAGAUGUUUUAUCAAAUAUAUAAAUUCUCACUUCCUGUGCAACGCAUUUCACUUCUUGAUUAAAUGAUCUUUCCUUUUUUUUUAAUGCCUUUGAGAUAUAGAAAGGACCAGCUCUGUAUGAUUGCAAAUAUCCAUUUUAUCUUGAUUAUUCACAGCUUGAUUCAACUGAAUUGUAAUGGCUGUGUCUGUGAAAAUCACUCACAAACUUUUAAGUGUGUUUCUGUAGAAAAUGCGCAAAUUUGAGUUUUCUGAAGCCAGUUAGAACUGAAAACUGAGAGUGAUUUGUAAAGUCAAGUCUAGGGACUAAACUGAAAGAGGAAGAAAAUAAUUAAUUAAGAUCUUAUACUAUGCAAUCAGAAAUGAAAUUUCCAAGAACUGGAUCCUUUUGCCGUUAAAAUCAUGGUACAUACCAAUAGCAGAAUUUUACAUAUCAUUGAAAAUGAGACAUUUAAGAUGUUCUGAGUCAUUAUCAAAUGGCUAUGUUUUUACUCUGAACUGUAGGAUCACUAUAGAAAUGAAGCUUAUGGGUACAUAGCAUAGUUUUUUCAUGUUAUUUGAUACAGCUUAGAUGAAGUUGUACAUGUUCUUUCUUGGCAAUUUGCACAUUAAAUAAAAUAUAUCUUAAAAUA